ACAUCGGUCCCGUGAUCGAUGCGGUCGCAAAUUCGGAACACGCCGGUCGUCGCGUUUUAGCAGAGAACAGCUUUCGGUGGAAAGUUUUACCAGGUGAAAUCGAAAACUAUCUGCUUCUGCUAGUGUUCGUGCAGCGCGCAGUUACUUUUCCCGGCAGAAUGAAUAGGAAAACAAGUAUAAAGUGUUAUAUCCUGUCAGAUUGAUACCGAUUGGCAGAAAAAAGGGCCAAAACUGUGUGAAGUGAAAGUGAAUCGUAAAAACUCCUCGAAAAACCGAGAGAAGAAUCUGCAUCAACAAGAGGAAUAAAAAACCACUUCGGGGAAUCCAAGGUUUGGGAAGCAUUAAAAUUCAAUCAGUGGAUCUGCCGAAGCCGAAGAGUGGAACAAAAGUAAGGCUGGAUUUAUCAGCAGGAACAGCAGCUACUGAAAGAAGAUUGUGGCGGUAGGAAGAGGCUUCCACUGCAGGCAGGCAUGAACCAUCUUCCAGGAUCGUCCCCGCGGUCUCCGGCGCCUUCGCCGGAUCCGGAUGUGGAUGACGGCAGCUCCAAGAAGCAGGCCACCAGGGUAUUCAAGAAAAGUUCAUCGAAUGGUAAAAUAACUGUGUACCUUGGAAAACGUGACUUCGUGGACCACAUCUCGCAUGUCGACCCAAUCGACGGUGUGGUGCUGAUAGAUCCCGACUACGUGAAAGAUCGUAAAGUUUUUGGCCACGUGCUGGCCGCGUUCCGAUAUGGCCGCGAGGAUUUGGACGUGCUUGGGCUGACGUUCCGGAAAGACCUGUACCUGGCCUCAGAACAGAUCUUCCCACCGCUGGAAACGGACCGACCAAUGACCCGGCUGCAGGAACGCCUGAUCCGGAAGCUGGGGCCCAAUGCGUAUCCAUUCUACUUCGAGGUGCCACCGCACUGUCCGGCAUCGGUAUCACUACAACCGGCCCCUGGCGAUACCGGCAAACCAUGUGGCGUAGAUUACGAACUGAAAGCCUUCGUGGGCGAAACUCCAGAGGACAAACCGCACAAGCGGAAUUCGGUCCGGUUAGCGAUAAGGAAAAUCAUGUACGCUCCUUCGAAGCUUGGGGAACAGCCCUCGAUCGAGGUCAGCAAGGAGUACAUUCUGAAACCAAAUAAGAUCCACCUGGAGGCCAGUCUGGACAAGGAGCUUUACCACCACGGCGAGAGUCUCUGCGUCAAUGUACAUAUAGCGAAUAAUUCGAGUAAAACGGUUAAGAAAAUCAAAGUUUCGGUGCGGCAGUUCGCCGACAUCUGUCUCUUCUCGACGGCUCAGUACAAAUGCACCGUGGCGGAAGUCGAAUCGGAGGAUGGAUGCCAGGUGGCGCCCGGAUUCACCCUGUCCAAGGUGUUCACGCUGACGCCCCUGUUGGCCAACAACAAGGACAAGUGGGGCCUGGCACUGGACGGGCAGCUGAAGCACGAGGACACCAAUCUGGCCUCAAGCACGUUGUAAGUUUUUGCUCCGAAC